AUGAUGAUCGGACACCGUGCCACACAGCUGAUCCAGAUCGAGAUAGCAUUCCAGUGCAUGGCCUGGGUCGUUGUCGCCUUACGCAUGUAUGUGCGCACCUUUGUUGUCAAAGCCUUUGGCUGGGACGAUGGAUGGAUGCUUUUUGCCCAAUUGAUGCACACUAUGAAUUCAAUAUGCGCGAUUGGGGGUGCACUUACCGGCACCGGUCGACUUAUGAAGGAUCUUACACCCACAAGCAUGGAGAUGGCACUUAGGUUUUGGUGGAUUUGCUACUUCGCAUAUUCUCUGUCCAUGAUCGGUGCCAAGGUCUCUGUUGGCCUGUCACUGCUUCGCUACAUGUCUGUCACUCAGAAGGCUUAUCGCUUUAUUACCCAUGCCAUCGUGUACACCAGCGUUGUCAUGGGGUUGGUCUAUGGCCUGUUGGCUACUUUCCAAUGUAAGCCAGUGGAGUACUUCUGGACACGAGCCCUGGGUGAAACGGGUACCUGUAUCAACAUGAACACCAUCGUCGCAUUGACAUAUUUGAUGUCUGCCAUCUUCGCCAUCUGUGACUUCAGCAUGGCCUUGCUGCCAGUCCUCCUAAUCAAGGAUCUGAACAUGAGCCGCAACUCGAAGUUCGCUCUCAUCUUCAUUAUGAGCAUUGCAUGCAUUGCAAGCGCAGCGGUCAUUGUCCGUCUCGCCUACGUGCCUACUUUCAGGGACCCCGAAUUCCUUUAUGCUACCGUCCCCAUCGCUAUCUGGUCGGAGGUCGAGAUGGGCCUUGCUAUUAUUGCUGGUUCAUUACCAACUCUUCGGCCUCUGUACCGCAUUGCUGCCCAAAAGUUCAGCUGGAAGACAAACUUCUUCAGCAACCGUUCAAGAUCAUACAAGUCCAUGGAUCCCCACAGAUUGGAUGGAACUCCAGUGGGGAGUGCCGCAAUCGAAAGGAAUGAAUUAAGUGUCAGAUCCUACUCAGAGUCUGAGCGGAAGAUCUUGGAUGUCGAUGUCAAAGAGUUCGUAGUAGAGGACCAUUAG